AGUUUCACAAGUGAAAAAUCGUCGCCGGAGCAUCGUCCAAGCAGGAAAAACUCUGCAAAACUGUAAAAAUACCCAAAGAACCGCAAGAAAAGCUGUGGAAAACGCGAGGAAACCCAGCGAAAAGUGCAACAACAGAACAGAAAAAGCCAAAAGAAAGCGGAAAAACGUUUGCAUAACCUGAGGCGUGAAAAGUGUGCGAAAAAUCUGCUCGGUGCUGAAAGAUUUUUCCAGCAAAUCGACGGACUGACAUUUUCAAGGACCGACCGACCCCCUCCCGAGUACGAGUGGGCGUACAUACGUGUGUACGUACGUACGGGCUCACUGAGAGUGUGUAUCUGUGUGCGAGAGGAGAGGAGAGGAGAGAAAGAACCUGUGAGUGUAGUGUAGUGCAAUUAUAAAUGGCGUAAUUUCGGUGCGAUGUACAUUGCUGGCCCUCCAUUGCAUAGCAGUAGAAGAGGAUUCGGGGCCAACAUCCAGACGGAGGAUCAGUCGAGUGCUAGCCAGCAGCAGGAGGAGGAGGCUCGCCGAAACAGCGAGUGCCCCUGCCGCCUGCCGACAACAUGGAUGAAUGCGACAACCCCGUCGUCGUCACAUUAGCCGCACAACACGGACACGGGGAGGGAUACGAGAAGCAGCAGCAGCAGCAGCAGCAGCAGCAGAAGCAGAAGCAGCAGUCACCCACCAUCGAUGAUAAGGGAUUGCAGCACUCGGAAGAUACAAAGGACACAGAUACAGAUACGCAGAGCAUUCGAGACACAGCAGAAUCUGAGCUUGAGGCUGAAGCUGAGGAGGAGGAGGAGGAGGAGGACGCAGCAGUAGACGCAGAAGUCGAGGCAGUCAUCAUGGGCCAGGCGGAGAGCAAGAAGCAUGGCAGCAAGUCCAAUCGACGUAACCUAAAUGGAAAUGGAAAUGUGAAUGGAAAUGGAAAUGGCAAUGGCAAUAACUGGGACUCGUCCCAGGAGCAGCAGCCACUGCAUACCAAAGGCACAGCCAUGUCCUUCGGCUUUCGCAAGAAGCUCAAUGGUACGCCCAAGAAGUUCAAGAAACUCCUGGAAUCCCACACUACCUCCACACCAAUGACAGACACAAAGGACGACAAUGGCAAUGCUGCUACUACUCCCAUUCACUUUGAGAAGGUGGGUGCCGCCGCCGCACCAAAAUCUUCGACUGCCGGAGUCGCGGCAGCAGGUGCGGCUGGCAAACGCUUUGGCUAUCGCGGAGCCCUGCCCCGGCCCGCUUCCACGGGUCUGUACGGUGGCCCCAGUGAAGAGUCCGAAUCGGAGACGGCCGCACAGAAUACCCAGAACAACAACAACCACUGCGGUGGCGGUGGAGGAGGAGUAGCAGGCACCAGCACUGGGCUGGUGAGCAAUUUGAAACGUCGCUCCAAGAGCGCACAUGCGGGACGCAGCAGCGGAGAUGGGGAGCAGCCGAAAAUAGCACAGCCCAAGACGCUCACAUUCAAUCUCAACCAGAACACGACCAUCGAGUACCAGAGGCGGCAGUUCUUUGGAGAGAUUGCGGAUGAAACCACGGCUGCUGCCCCAACAGCCCGUGGCGGACAGCAGCGUUACAACUACAACAAUUUGGCCAGCAUGCACGCGAAUGUCAUUGUACGACCCACGCCACGGCUCACGCCCGCGAGCUUCGCAAAGUUCACCCUGCAGACGGUGAGCCUGCCACGGCCGGAGUAUCCGGUGGCCAUCAGCCUGACGGCCACCACGCCCACCACACCCAGCAGCAGUGUGCAGUCGCCAGUGCCCGCCCACGCCACGGGGGCCAGGGCCAAGGACAUCUCCACCAGCUCUCGACAGCAUCCCCUGACCUCGGUGCAUGUCCAGCCCACACAGACGCACCAUCAUCGCUCCGAUCAGCGACACCUCGACCAGAAGAGCGUCAAGCAGUUGACCAACAACUCGACGCGUCGCGGCUUCUCUGGCAGUCGAGAGAUCAGCGCCGACUCGGGCAUCGCCAGCCUGGACAUGGCCUUGGACUCGGGAAGCUCUGGCAGUUCCGUGGGAUCCAAGCGGAGUCGCAGUCGGCCACGGAAUCUGCAGAUGGUGAUGAGCGGACGGCACACGUUCGAGGUGAAGGAUGUGGACGAUCCGCCAUCCAGCGAAUCGAACUCCUUUGUGGAGCCACUGGCCCUGCCCAAACUUCCCACGGACGGCAGUCAGGCCAUACCCCUGCCACUGCUCGGAUUGGUGCGCUCCAAUACGGUGCUCAGCCGUGAGAGCUACGAACGGAGGCAGGAGACGCCUCAAGCUGGAGAUCAGUCUGCCUCCGGCAGCCAGCAGGCGGAGGGGAAGGCCAAGCCCAGUGGCUCUGACGAGAGCGAGAGCGUGGACGAAGAGAAGCUCUACCUGGACUCGUCCACAUCCGAGAAGAGUGCCAAACAGCAGAGCCAUUCCUCCGUCUCCAGUUCGUGGCGCUGCCAGUCCUUGGCUGGGGAAUCCCUGGCCGCCAUGGACUGCAGCAGCAUGAGCAUCAGCGAUACCCAAUCGCAGUCGCAGGCCCCAGAAAAUGGGGCAAACAAUGAAAGGGAUGAGGAUAUGUCCCUGGGACUAGACGAGAUCAGUCUCAUCAACACGGACAUGCCAUUUAGCACAAUUUCUUCGAUGACGGAGACUCCACCAAAGCCCGGCCAGGAACCGAUGCUCAACAUCCACCUCGUGGACAAUCGGGAGGCAUCUCCACGUCCUCGGUCCUUCAACAACGCGCUCAACGAGUCCAAGUUUGCAGAGCUGGCGCUGGCCAGCAGCACCUGCCUCUUGCUGGACGAUGAGACCUCGCCCACGGACAGCCUCGUGAGCAGCACCGAGGAUUCGGAGGAGGCGGGCGGCAAACUCAAGAAGCACAAGCACAAGCUCAACGAGGAGCGCCAGCAGAAGGACAUAGACAUUGACAUUGACGACAUCGCGCCGCUGCUCGAGCUGGAGCUGGAUCCGGGCAGUCCUGUCUCCCCGGGCACGCCCACCCAUGCCUCCCACUCGCUCUCGCUGGGAUCGGACUGCGGCAACCUGAUCGACGACGAGAUCGCCGACCAGCCGGCGCUGCUGUGCAACAGCGAGGCCCACGAGGUGGCCACCGACACGCCCACCCUGAUGGAAACGCACACCGGAUCACUCCGCUCGCUGAAGAGCCAGUCGAAGGCCCGCACGGCCCUCCAGCAGGCCAUCGAGCUGAGUCUCCGCACCCCGAUGGCCGUGCGCCAGGCGGUCCUCGAUCGCGCCGAGUCCCUCGACACCCUGUCGCCCUGCGAGUCCAUCUGCUCCGACGAUCUGAUGAUGGACUUUGACAUGAACAGCAGCGUCGACUCGAUCGACCACAUGGCCCCUGUGUCUGGGCGCAGUCGCAGUGGCUCCGAUCUUCACCGGAUUGGGGCAGAGAUGGACCCUGCCCAGGCGGAGGCUGAGGCCGAACUUCUCUCCGAGAUGGAGCGCAAUGGCAGCGAUGUGAUGAAGGAGCUCAACUCUCUGCUGCGCGGCAGGCGGCAGCGUGGUGGCGCCCGGGAGCGCAUCAGCGCCCAACUGCCCGCCCGUGCCACACGGCUGCUCAACCGCUCCAGGCUCCAGGACCAGCAGCUGACGGGCCACGAUUCGGACAACAGCCUGAGGUCCACCCACAGCGGAGGAGCUGCAGCAGCGGUCCAGCGCAAGCGGAGCACGGCUAAUUCACGCGCCUCGACGGCCUCGUCCACGUCCAGUCUGCCGCGCCAGCGCCAGCCGCAGAGGCAGCAGCAGCAGCAGCAGCAGCAGCCAGGUGGCACCGCCUCGGGUGGCCUACGACGAGUGCGCGGGCUGGGAAGCGGCGAGCUGCACAGCUCAUCGGACGACCUGAUGUUGUAUGACAAGUCCUUCCGGAAUGCCAUGAUCCAGGAUGUGCUGCAGUUCAAGAAGCAGCUGCUGCGACUGCGGCGCAUCCUUCAGGAGACGGAAACCCUCAAUCCAUUCGAGAACGACAAUCUACAAUUGUUUGCCGCCUGCGGACUGGACAGCAAGCAGCUGAAUGACAUCGAUCUGGCCAGUUUGACCUCGUCCACGACGGAGGAUCCCUUGCAGGAACUAUCGGAUCUACGUAGACAGGUGGUUUACCUUCAGGGUCAAGUCGAUGAUCGUGAUCGCACUAUACGCCUGCAGCGCGAUCUCAUCGAGCAACUGGAGGCCGAGAAGAGGCAACAGGCCGGCGGCACUGGCAGCGGCUGCGGCUACGGCGGCGAUGCCAGCAAGGAGCUCAUCAGCAUGGCCACCCAGACGGAGCGGACACGACCACUUGCCAUUGGUGCGGAGGGUUUGUCCAGAAGUAAGCCCGAAUAUACCAGUUAUACCACACACUUUCCGAUGCUCCACUUGCACGACUCCACGCUGGCCGCCACCACCAUCAUUCGCCAUCACCAGAACCACCACCAGGAGAAGGAGCAGCCCACGUCCGCGCCCACGGCCACGGGCGCCGGCACUAGCCAGUGUCCGACCCUGAGCCAGACCCGCCGCCACACCAUCAUCUCCACGACGCUGACCAACUACAACCAGCAGCUGGCUGCAGCUGCCUCUUAUCCGGGCACGCCGCGACGCGCUUCCAUCGGUUGGGACACGGCGGAGGCGGCCACCCGCAAUGCCAACACCUACAAGCCCGUUCGAAUAACGCUGAUCGGGGAUCCGUUGCCCCUGCAGAAUGGCAGCAGCAAGUCAUCGCUAUCGUUGCCCGGAUCCGUUGCCGCGCAGAGCCAUCUCCAUGCACAGAACGGGGUAAAGAUGCGGUAUCCGAAUGGCAGCUGCCAGAGCGCCAAAAUGAAGACCAGCAACGGACACCACGGGGCGAGUGCACACUAUCAGCCGUUGUACAACAGCAACAAGAUGACAAGCCCAACCGUAACUAUAGUCUGAUUUAGAUACCAGUUUCUUCG